ACCCAAUAAACUCCGUACCAUAAUUUCGAUUUUUCCAGAUUUCAAAAAUCACAUCUUCUUCUUUAAAAUACUCUCUCCCACUUGUCAUCCUCCCAUUUUUUCCGCGCAAAAAAUCCCCCAAAUCUUUUUUUCUCUCUCCAAUUUGAGAUUGCAAAUCGACUGACUUUUUGCCGCCAUAGCUUAUUAGCUUGAUCUCGGUACUUUUUUCCACCUUUCUCUCUCCUCCAUUGUUGUCGUUUUUUCCCAGAUGGCACUCUGUCAUUGGUUGAUAGUCUUGUUCGCUUUUUUCGGCAUUGCUCGUGCUCUUAAAGCUACUGAAGGUGAUGUCGAUCCGAUUUACAGGGGUUGUGUGGAGAAUUGUCAGGAGACUGGUUGUGUUGGAAGUCAACAAUGCUUUCAGCAUUGCAUAUUCACCGCUGAUGGUAACAUUUCUGAUGGUCGGUGGUACCUCCAAGAACCUCUCUAUCUGAAAUGGAAACAAUGGGAUUGCCACAGUGAUUGCCGCUACUAUUGUAUGCUUGCAAGGGAGGAGGAAAGGAGAAAGCUCGGCGAGAAGCCUGUCAAGUAUUACGGAAGAUGGCCUUUUCGUCGUGUUUAUGGAAUUCAGGAACCUGUUUCUGUUUCUUUUUCUGCACUCAAUCUUGCUAUACAAUUUCAUGGUUGGAUAUCUUUCUUCAUUCUUGUCAACUACAAGCUGCCUUUGACGGAUAAUCGAAAGACGUACUAUGAGUAUUCUGGCCUUUGGCAUAUCUAUGGUGUCCUAGCAAUGAACUGUUGGUUCUGGGCUCCAGUUUUCCACAGCCGAGAUCUAGACUUGACAGAGAAGCUAGGUUACUCAUCUGCCGUGGCAUUGCUUGGCUUUGGUCUUAUCGUGGCUAUCUUUAGAGUGUUUGAGAUUAAGCAAGAAGCCUCCAGAGUUAUGGUUUCUGCACCGCUGAUUGCAUUUGUGACGACACACAUCUUGUUUCUAAACUUCUAUGCUCUUGACUACGGUCUAAACAUGAAAGUUUGCUUAACCAUGGGUUUGGCUCAAUUUCUACUGUGGGCUAUAUGGGGUCGUGUGAGUCAGCAUCCUUCGCGUUGGAAGUUAUGGGUAGUGGUUAUUGGCGGAGCUCUUUCUACCCUCUUGGUGAUUUAUGAUUUCCCACCUUAUUGGGAACUUGUAGAUGCCCUUGCUGUUUGGCAUGCCAUUACCAUUCCUCUUUCCUACCUUUGGUGGAGCUUCAUUAAGGAUGAUGCAGAGUUCCGAACAUUGACUCUAUUGAAGAAGGCCAAGUAGAUAAGUUGAUGGGGAACUCACCUUGUGACCUGGAGGUCACAACGUCGAGCCCCAUCAGCUGCGAAAUGCUUGGGAGUGGCUCAAGCGUAGCUGGGCUGGUUAAUCAGUGCUAGGUGUUGGUUCAGUAGGGAUAGAAAAUUUCUACUCCCACCUCUGUAUACUGAUUACUGAGUAGAUUUGUGUUGUUAUCUUUGCCACGUCUUUCAUCCGUUUUUUCUCUCGCCAAUUGUGCAUCUCUAUGGGACGCUUGCAUUGGUGGGUGGUUUCUGCUUUGACACACCGAAGAACGGAGUUUGUUUCCACAUUAUUGUGUUGAUCUAGGAUUUUUGCUGAAGAUGUAUAGUGUAAACAUUUGUUUGGUCUUCACUCUUCCUUUAGUUCUUUAUGUACUGUUAAGUUUUUUCAGAUUAGUCAUGAUUGACUAAUCUGUGCACUCUGUUCAGGAUUCCAUUUCUUUAUUUGGCAAUUUGGGGGUUGUUAAUUUGUUAUUUAUGUAACAUAAAGAUUCAGUUAAUUCAGCAUCUCAAUUUCAGUUUUA